AUGGACGAUUCUAGAACGGUUUUCUGUGGUAACAUUUCUGAUAAAGUAACAGAAGAACUGCUAUUUGAACUUUUUCUACAAGCUGCUCCUUUAGAAAGAGUUAGAAUACCCACUGAUAAAGAAGGCAGAAAGUCCAAUUUUGCCUUUGUUACUUUCAAACACGAAGAAUCGGUUACAUAUGCUCAGCAUUUAUUGAACGGAAUUAGAAUGUAUGAUAAAUGUAUACAGAUUAAACCAAGACACAAUUCAGCAAAUAGGCUUCCUGAGAAAAGUGAUAUCCUUUCAAGAUUGGGAUCGGCACCCCUACAUAAUCAGUUUCAAAGCAGACAAGACACUAGGGAAAGUUACAGUUCCAGAGGUCAGUUCAGGGAUCAUUAUAGAGAUGAAAGUCCUAGAAAUUACAGAGAGGACAAUCAACGUGAUAAACCUUAUAAUAGACAUGAUUCUGAGAGAAAUGAAAGAUACGAUUCAAAUAGAAGAAGGCAGAAUUAUAAUGAUAGAAGAGGAAAUUUUAAUGAUCGAAGGCAAAGAAAUAGAAACAAUUAUUACUAA